CCCUGUUUCUUUGGAUAAAUUGCUCCUGUCAUGUCCUGUCCACAGAGAAAGACCUGUUAUAACCAAACACAAGUGCAGAGUCACACAGGCACCCUGCAGGAGAGAAGACAGUCGCAUCUGUGUAGUGUCUGACUGGGAGGCAAGCUGAUUUCUGUUUUCCUUUUACUCCCCUAGAUAGUUUGGUUGUUUUUUUUUUUGUUUUUUUUUUGCUUUGAUCUCUUGUAAGUUGAUAACAUAACAUUAGUCUGCAAAUUGGAAAGAAUGGUUCCUGUUAAACUCCUCAUUCUGGGAGCUCAGAACACUGGAAAAACAGCACUGUGUGUUCGGUUUAUAACGAAGCGUUUUAUUGGCGAAUAUGACCAUAAGACGGAGGUGACAUACAGAUGUAGUCGGACAGUGGACCAGGAAACUGUUGAUCUGGAGAUCUUGGAUUUACCUUGUAAGAACUCUGUGGCUUCUAUUGAGUCCUCCAUUCGCUGGGCUGAUGGUUUCCUACUGCUCUACUCUAUCACUCAGCGCUCCAGCUUCCUGGAAAUCCCUCGACUUAAAACGCUCAUCGACAAAACCAAGCAAAGUCUCGUUUUUCCUACAGUGCUGGUAGCCAAUAAGGCAGAUCUGGAAGUCGGCAGGAAGGUGACAACAGAGGAGGGACAGAGACUCGCCAAAGAUUUAGGGUUUUGUAUACUUAUGUUUGUACAACUGCUCUUUAGAAAUGUAACAUUUCAAUUUGUUUCCCUGCUGAUUUUCUUUAUGUGUCUCAUGUGCAGAUGUGGCUUCAGAGAGCUGUCAGUAGCUGAGGCAGUUUUAUCAGUGGAAGCAGUAAUUUUCCAACUCAUCAGCCUCCCCUGGCGUUGCUCCUAUGUUGUUUCAUGUGCGACAGGCUGACGUUGGAUCAGCAGCGCCCCCUACCUGACAGGCGCUCCUACAUGCUGACAGUCCGCCAUGCUUUGACCAGGAAGCUGACGCGCUCAAAGACAAUGCAGUGGUGACAGCAGCAAGCUAUUCAGCCGGGAUCUAACUUUUAAGUGAUUUUAUCUGGAGACAUUUUAUAAAUAAAAACAAAAUUAUCAAAUUUGUAUUUGUGUAAGGAUAAAAGCGAAAUUAACUACGUUUCUUCUGUUGGUGUCUUUUCUUUUAAUAAAACUGAAGUAUUUGCUUACAUA